AACAAAGUUUCCUCGAACUUCAACGGGAGUGCACAAGUACAAUUAAGAUAUUUUUACAGCGAACAAAGAUAACUGACUACAUAUAAGCUACAAAGAAAAUCAGAAGAAAAGGUUUUCCCAGAGAUAAACAAUGACUGUUUAACAAGAGGAACCAGUGAGAAAUGAGUUUCUUGACCACCCGAUUCCUUCCAAUUCUGUCUUUCACCCGAGGACUUCGGAGGCAGCCAGCAAGCAUUGCAAGAGUAAGAAAAGAAGCUUCAAAGCAUGAAGUUGCCCUUCCACUGUCAGAAGAAACAUUACAGGCAUUAGCAAAGCAAACUACAAAUCAAACUGAAAGGCCACCUCCUCCUAAAGCAAAAAGUAAAACUACCUCAUUGAAACAGCUUAGUGUAACGGGACCAUUAACUGCACCGAUUACCGAGACGAACCAGCAUGAAAAAUUGGCUCAAGUUGUCACUCCUCUGUACCAGAUACCAUAUCACAAACAAUUAAAUAUAAAGGCCCAGGAAAUGAGGCAAGCCCUAAAAGUCCUGAACAGGCGUUUGACUGAUGUUCGAGCUCCUUUACAGAAGACAUUUCAGGGACUUCCUUGCCCUUUAGAAUCAGUUCGUCCAUCG